CUGAACAGCUAGCUUGUCGAACUUAUUCUUCACUUUUUGCAUAUGAACAAUCAUAUGCCAAAACUCGCAAGACUCAAGCCCCACAUUCUCACGAUACCCAUCCAGUCAACUUCCAUAGCACCGCGUCGCAAGUGGCGAGUUGCCUUUUCUUCAUCACAGAUGACUUGGGGCAGCCGAAGGAUGUGUCUAGAACCACACCCAAUCCCGCAGUCUUGUAAGGCUCUUAUAUAUCGAUACCUUUGGCUCGAUCGUCUAAACAUGCGCUAUUGAUCGCAGCGAGGAAGACAGGAAACACGAUGCAAGGACUUUUACGUUGAUGGCUGGAUAUCAGCCAAGUAGCACAAGAAAGGAUGUGGCGAUAGUGGGCCGCGAUCUCUUCCUGUUGACACUGUGGAGUGUGCUUGUACUGACCAGGGUACAUGCUUGUAUGGAGAUAGAUGAUAUGGCGGAGUACUGCAUUGUUACCUACUCGUGUAGUCAGCAAUCCGUCCGAUUCGAAGUCGGAAAGUCGCCAGUGAUAAAGACACGAUAUGGCUUGAUGACCAUACAUGAUCGAAUACUAUCCGCUCGCAAGAUGAUGACAAAUUGUCAACCCUCGCUGGAUUUUACAAGCGACGGACCGAAGCCUGCAAAUUCCAGAAUCUUUGCAGCUUGUACCCAAAAGCGGCCACUGGGUCUUGAUGCUCUAGGAUGCUCCCAACGUUGUUUUCAACAUCAUGUCUUAAUCGCAGUGCCAGCCGGCCAAGUUCCACCUAUCUGGCAUCAACAUAUCUGCGCAGUCUAUAGACAGCGGACGGGUGUAUAUUAUCCUGGCAUGAUUGCCUGACAACAUGUCGUGAUGCACACGGAGCGAUGAAAGAUGAUUGCUUGACUCGAUACAUGUCCAGGAAAUGGCAAGAAUUCGGGUUCCCGGCAAGCGCUGCGUACACGUCCAGGAGUAAGGUGUACCAGAGUAUCUUGAUAUGUAGUCGAUUCAAUUUCACCUUGUCUUGUUGAUGUACAAUAUU